AUGGAGUAUUCUAGACGAAUCAACGUGACCAUGACCGUUGGAGAAUAUGAGCUAUUCAAGGAGGCCAAAAGGCGGGCGACCUUCGAAAACGACGACGUCAAAUGUCAAGUAUUGUUGAAUACUCUAUCAGGUUCCGCCCAGAAGUGGUUCGAUGGACUGUCGCACGGUUCCAUCACUUGCUUCCUAGACUUCAAGACUGCAUUCCUGUGCCACUUCGCCAGCAUCAGGAAGUAUCAAAAGAUGGACCACUGCUUAUUUGCUCUCAAGGAAGGGCCCUCCGAGCCGUUAAGAAGCUAUAUCAAACGCUUCAAUCAAGUGACUCAGGAUGUUCCCUCGGCCAUGUUAGAAAUACUCAUGAGCGCCUUCUCUCAUGGACAGACAGAAGGAGAGUUCUUUAGGGAUCUCAUCAGAAAUCCCAUAAAGAAUUUCGAUGAGAUGCUAGAGAGGCGAUCAGCUACAUCAAUGUGA